UAGCCGGGAAGCGGGGCGUCGCAUCUCGGUUUCCAGGGAUUACCCUCGGAGGGGCAGGCACGCGCUGUGUGCAGGAGGAUGUGAGGAGAAUCUCAAUUGUCAAGCAGGGGAAGCGGGAUCGGGUUGUUACUACUGCAGAGAGAGAGAGAGAGAGAGAGAGAGAGAGAGAGAGAGAGAGAGAGAGAGAGAGAGAAGCAUAAAGGGGAAAAGAAAAAACAGGGACAUCGAAGAGAGCAAGCAGCCUUCGCUCAGGACCUGCGGGGACCAGGGCAGGGGGGCGCAGUGCCUCUGAAACCUCGGACAGCAGCCAUCCCCUCCGCCGUCAUCCCGCACUGUGUUGCUCGGGUCUUGGUCUACAAGGAGUACUCACCCAUCCUUGAAAUACCCAGGAAAUUUGGUUGGUGGUGCUACCAGCUGAGCCACCAUGCGGAAUAUCUUCAAAAGGAACCAGGAGCCUAUUGUGGCUCCUGCCUCCACCACGGCCACCGCGCCAGCUGCUCCAGCAGGGCCUCCGGACAACUCCACCGAGAGUGGGGGUGCGGGGCCACCUGGAGAGGACAUGUUCACCAAGCUGAAAGAUAAAUUCUUUAACGAGAUCCAGAAGAUCCCCUUACCUCCAUGGGCACUGAUCGCCAUCACUGUGGUCGCUGGCCUCCUCCUCCUCACCUGCUGCUUCUGCAUCUGCAAGAAGUGCUGCUGUAAGAAGAAAAAGAACAAGAAGGAGAAGGGCAAAGGCAUGAAAAAUGCCAUGAACAUGAAGGACAUGAAAGGCGGCCAGGAUGACGAUGAUGCAGAGACGGGCCUGACAGAGGGAGAAGGUGAAGGAGAAGAAGAGAAAGAACCAGAAAACUUGGGCAAACUGCAGUUUUCACUGGACUAUGAUUUCCAGGCUAAUCAGUUGACCGUGGGCGUCCUUCAGGCAGCUGAGCUUCCUGCUCUGGACAUGGGAGGCACCUCAGACCCCUAUGUCAAAGUUUUCCUCCUCCCAGAUAAGAAGAAGAAAUAUGAGACCAAGGUCCAUAGGAAGACAUUGAAUCCUGCCUUCAAUGAGACCUUCACUUUCAAGGUGCCCUACCAGGAGCUAGGGGGCAAGACCCUGGUGAUGGCCAUCUACGACUUUGACCGCUUCUCCAAACACGACAUCAUCGGGGAGGUGAAGGUGCCCAUGAACACUGUGGACUUGGGCCAGCCCAUCGAGGAGUGGAGAGACCUGCAGGGUGGAGAGAAGGAAGAGCCAGAAAAGCUUGGAGACAUCUGCACUUCCCUCCGUUAUGUGCCCACUGCUGGGAAAUUGACUGUCUGUAUUCUGGAAGCCAAGAACCUGAAGAAGAUGGAUGUAGGAGGACUUUCAGAUCCCUAUGUGAAGAUUCACUUGAUGCAGAAUGGUAAGAGGCUGAAGAAGAAGAAGACUACAGUGAAGAAGAAGACCCUGAACCCCUACUUCAAUGAGUCCUUCAGCUUUGAGAUACCCUUUGAGCAGAUCCAGAAAGUCCAGGUUGUGGUCACAGUGCUGGACUAUGACAAACUGGGUAAGAAUGAAGCCAUCGGCAAGAUCUUUGUGGGCUGCAAUGCCACCGGCACGGAGCUCCGGCACUGGUCCGACAUGUUGGCCAAUCCCCGGAGGCCCAUUGCUCAGUGGCACUCUCUCAAGCCCGAGGAGGAGGUGGACGCCCUCCUAGGCAAGAACAAAUAGGUGGCCUCUGAGCCUGGGUACACCUUAUGAACACUGACAAGACCCAGAGCUCUCAAUACCUCAGUUAUGCAACUUUAGAGUAUUCUUUUGGUUCGUUGCCAUCUCCUUUCUUCCCCUUUUUUUCUUUCUCUCCUUUUUUAAAGACAAAUUUCCCUCUGUUGGCUGUGCAAGGAGAGUCCCCUAAUAGGUCAAAGAGAAAGCUGGCUCUUUUCAUUCUUCCCCAUAGCUGCCCAGUGCUGCAUGCCCUCUCUGUUUCCUCCCUUGCUUUUUUCAAGGCCUCACGCAAACUUCACCUUUGGGGCCUCUUGUGGCAGACCCACAAAGGGUGGCACUUCCUGUUUCAUGAAUGUUUGGGACCAACAAAAUGGUGGCACUUCCUGUUUCUUAAAUGUUCUGGACCAACAAAAUGGCGGCACUUCCUGUUUCCUGAAUACUGACUUAUGGAGAGGGCCCUGGGAGGGCAACAUGCCAGGUGAAUCCUGUGAUAGCCCAGAUACAUCUCUGUUGGUAUGAGGAGCUCAGCUCUGGAGUGAUGAGUGGAUCAAGUGAAUGACCUUGAGCUUCUCCAUUUAUUUCUGGAACAAGCAAGGACAUUGAAAAGGAGUGGCAAGAAAAGAUCCUACAAGGACACUGAAACUCAGAAAGGAAAAGACCCAGAAGCCCAGAGUCCUAUGAUUUACCUGUAGCCUGAAUAUUCCAUGUGGGUGGUUAUUUGGGAAAUGGCAAGUUGUGAAGACUGGAUUUGGCCAGAGCCUGGACCAAACCCCCCUUUCUGCCCCCUCCCUGUGCCACCAUGGACCUUUGCCAGCUAUUCUCUCUUCCAAAAAGCAGCCUCCUGGAGUAGUCAUGCAAGUAACCUGCUCUAUGAAACUUGCCUUGGCUUGGUGAGGGACCACCAAUCUGGGGAACUCACUCUUACUUUGUCAGCAGCAAUGAAUCAUCAAGAGACAGAGGCUCUGUUUCCCAGAAAGAUUUAACAACAACAACAAAAAAAGACAAAGCCCAUAAUUCUCUAUUCCUCAGAGGAGAAGGCAGAUAUUGGUCCCCUUCUAGAAAAGGCGUAUGGUUUGAUUUGUGUAUAUUUCCCAUCAUACUUUGCCUUUAAAAAAUGCCACAACUUUGGUGUGGAGCUAUGUAUGGUGCAGAGCCAGAGAACUUUAGCAGAAAAAUGGUUAAAAUGUUCUUAGGUCCCCAAGGUCCAGGUAAGAAUUGGGGGGUACGUGAGAAAGAGACAGUUGAUGGACACUUUUAGUCUGAGUAGCAGAGACAUUCCCUGGUGAGAGAUAAAAGCCAGCAUUGGGAUUUUUUUUUCCUCUCCAGUUCCUUAGGUUACUUUUCCCCAUCCUUCCUUUCUGUGCUGAGGAAAGGGAGAGGUUAUGUCCGUUUGGAGGAACUGCAGAGAGACUUGCAAGGGAGUCCCCUGACUUAGCAUUCUAUAGGGAGGCUCCUCUCUGGAUUCCAAGAAGCAUAGCGCAUUCAUUCCAAAUGGGCCAUUGAAAACCUUCCAGGGGAACUGCCCUUUUGCCUGCUCCCAUUAACCCCUUACCCACAGCAUUGAUAAAAGCCAUAUAUUUGUUAGCCAAGGUUGCACUGAAUCCCCUUCCAGGCCCUCCAACCCAUUCUCCACACUGGGCAAGGGUGACGCAAGUUUUGACAACCCUGUGGGAUCAGUACCCACUUUCUCCCACCCACCAAAGGAAGCACAGGGACCUCAGGUCCUUGUUGCCUCAUCUUCCUUCAAACCCCAAACCUUUUUUUUUUUUUUUAAUCAGGAGAAAGCCACUAUCGGUCCAGGAAGUAUGCCCUCUGAGUAGCACAAAAUGGCAGAACUUCCUGUCUCACCUGAUCAUGGCCACAACUGUUUUCCCCAGCCAGGUUGGGGAGAAUUGGAAGGAAUGCAGAUACAGGGGUGGGGUGGGGUGGGGUGAGGAGAGGACAUGUCACAUCUCUAGGUUUCACUGAAGAUGGACAUAAGGUUACUUUUUCUGUUAAGUAGAUGAGGAGGGAUACUUCCUAGGAAGCAGGAGCCAAGCCUGCCUGUCUUGAAGAGGUCUUGGGCUUUCUGCUAGUGCUCCCUGGUGGCUAGGAGGCUAUUUUUAUACUAGAGAUUAUUUUUUUUAAAUGAGGGAAGAGUUGGAUUGUAAUAAGGGUGAUGGGCCUUAGUCUUUGCUGACCAGAGCUGUGAUCAUGGGGGCAAGUGGUGGGAGAAUUAGGGCUCUUUAGAGUGAAACUUGGGGGUUUGAUGGGAAGGAGACUCUUCCCUUUCUCCAGAGGCAUUUGAGGUUUCAGUGCUUUCUAAGCAUCUCUUUCCUUCCCUCCCACUACUCCCAUCUUGCCCCCAACCUAAGCCCAUUGAUCACCUCAACCUUCAGCUUUCAUGUUUUCAUCUUUUCCUUUUCUCUCAUCUCCUCCUCUGAUCUGGACUUCCUCUUUUCACUGAGGACACCAGUCUCUUUAGAGUACCUUCCAUUCCUUCCCUCCCCCUUUUCGCCUACCAAUUCCAAUAGUGCCACAGCAUAGGAAGCCUAGAGAAAACAGGUAUAUUGGCCAUUCUGAGCAUUCACCUGUCCAGAGACCAGACAACUAGACUAGAGACCUUGGGGUCCUUUCACUCCUUUUAGCUGACAUCAAUGGUCAAGUGAGAAAAGAGUGAAUUUGGAUCUGGACACUAAGCCAGAUCUGAUCCUGUGAGAUAGAAGGAAGGGGCAGGUGAGUGUCAAGUGGUUCCUGAAAAGCCAGGGAGGAACCCAAAGUCAGGGGUCGGGGAGGUUGCAGUUCUCUCAGGCUGGACAAGGUAACAGCAGAUUGGCAGCUGUUGAUAGUCUUGGGUUUUGGAGGGGUUAGAAACAGAUAUGGGAGCUUGCGGACUUCUCAGUAGUGAGGACCACUAUUCUCUCAGGCUCCAGGUCACUGCUCAAAACCCUUAUUUACAUUUAGAUCUGAUUCUGGGGAUCCUGGGAUUUGAGAUAUUGCAUGUGAUUGGGGUUGGGUUCAUAGCUAGAGAAAGCCUCUGGGGCCCAGUGGGAUCUCUCUAAGUGUUCAUAGCCACCCUGAGUUUGAGAGAUAGCUGAAGCUCCCACUCCCUCCUCCUCAUAGGGACUUCAGUAAACCCGACCCUUCCCCCUCUUUUCAUUAUUCUCAAAGCCUAUUUUCUCCCCCAGUUCCAUGGGGAACACUUAACUCCCUAUCCUACCCCAAAGAAUGAUUUUUCUAAUCAGAAAAGUAAUAUACUAAUUACUUACCCAGUCUAGAGCUUUGGAAGGCUGUGGCAUGAAACCACAAAUCUAGUCAGACCCAGCCUAGGGCAACUUUGGGCAUGGGACAGGGUUCUGCACCCUCCCUUCCUCCCCCAGUUAAUGGGAGAAAGAUGGAAAUAACUCUAGACCCCAGACUAUCCUUUCCAAAGAAGGUUAGGGGGGUGAAGAGAGAUGGAUCAUUUGACCUUUGGAAGGUUCAUUUAGUGCAGACAUUCAGAGGGAAGAGAGUUGGAUAACCUAGUUGCCUUAGGGUUUCCUGAAAGAGUUACUUUACCUUUGUUGAGUGGGGAAUAGAUUUCUUAAUACUGUAUUCUUAGGGUUGUGGGAGUAGAGAUUAGAGUUAGACAUCUGGGGGAAGGAGGAGAUUUCUACAACCCAUUAAAAUUCCUAAAACAGAUCGUGGUCUGUAAAAAUCCCAGCCCCAGUCCUGUCUUGUAGUGAACUCUAUUCCCAUUUACCAAAGGUUCCCCAUAUUGGAGCCCAGGAACAACCCUGCAAUUCAGCUUCCCUCAGUCCAUAGAUGGACUGUUGCACCAUCUGCUAGGUUCUGUGGGUCCUGUCCUUAGAGCACUGGGCAGGCUGGGAGGGAAGGUGAAGGCACUUUGUCCCAAAUGAGAUACUGUGGAGGAGGCCUGGCUGUUUGGCUCUGUUGGAAGGGGGUGGCUAGGUGCCCCCAUUACCUUUCUCUCUCCGCAUUCUUCACCACCCUUUCCCCUGGAGGGCCAGAGACUGAACUCUAAGGAUUUCACUUAAAGUGUUUUCAAACUGCAAUAUUGAGAAGGGGACACUGUGACUUGAAGACACACAAAUAUAAUUCAUUUUUUUAAGGGACAAAAAAAAUAAUGAACCAACUGAAGCCAUUCGAGCCUCACCUGAUGCCCUUUCUGUUUAUGUUUAGUAAUAUCUCUAUAUAAAAGAAGAUUAUAUAUAUAAUAUACAUAUGAACAAGAUGUUUAAUUAAGGUGCAUGUUAAUAAGCCUUCUGUAAAUAGCCGCAUGACAAUGCUGAGAUUCUCUCCCCACUGAUUCACAGCCCAACUUACAUAACCCAUCAAGGCUACAACUUCAUUUUUUUUAAUGUGGUAUGAGUGAGUCCUGUCUUCCCAACCCUAAAAGAGAAAACCUUCCAUUUGCUGGUUAUCAUGUGACUGAGUGCUCCUCCAAGUGGGGAGCUGGCCUUUUGCGCAUGUGGUCUAAGAAGUAAGAAAGUCAGAACCAAUCUUCCUCCCUGCCCUGUCCUCUCCCCCCCACCCUCUUGUCUGUCUUUGUUGGGUUUUGUAGAACCAAAUGUACCUUUGUUGCACUGUGCCCUGAUCUGAUAUUCAGUGUAAAUGUGGUUUCUGUGUUCCAUGUAUGAUGUCCCUGUCCCUCCCAGCGUCUGAACUAACUGAUAAGCCAUAAUAGGGCUGGCCUGUCAGACACCUGCCCUCCAGCCCCAAAUGUCCCUUCCAGUGAGUUUCCCGAAGCUACUCGAGAAGGGCUCACCUACUACUGCCCCGUCCCCUGUCCUACACCUUCAUCAGCAAAUUAUCUCUGGACAGCUCCAGCGUAAACUGGUUCCUUUUGCUGUGGUCUCAAGGUUUUUAGUUCAAUCCCUUCCUUGACUCUGGAUCUCCAUCCCUUUUGGGAACAAGAUCAGUUCACCAGGAGUUGCAAGCCAGUGUUACCCAUUUCAGUUUCUCUGUCUGUAAAAUGCGUGUGUAUGAAAAUCCCUUCUUUGCUGACCUUACAAGGUUAGUAUGAGGAUUGGUUGGAGUCAUGGAUUGAGAGAACAUUGGUAAAGUAUUGCAGCAAACAUUGUUCAAAAGGCAAGAAUUACUGGGCUUCUUUUGCCCCACCUUGUUCUGCUAGUCAGGGAAGUCCUGGUUUAGAGUGGGCUUGGGGCAGGAGUCAGUACUGGGGUGGGGGGGGUAGAUUAGAUUGUGAGAGGCUUAGAAAGAAGGGAGGUGGAGGAAACGGUGCAAAAUAAUUCCAACCUAUCCUUUGAUUAAGUCCCUGACAUGGAAAUGUCCAUCUUAGAGAAGGUGUGGGUGUUAAUACUCCAUUAAAUUAGGAGAGGGAGCGAUGGAAGGAAGUCCUUGGAUGCUCUGCUUGGAAAGCUCACAGUGUGAUGGCUAGCUUAGGUGGGAACAUGGGCUACCUAGCUCAAGGUUCAGUAACUUCUUAGUACAGGGGCCACCAUUAGAGCUAAGCAGUAACCACAAUGGUCCCUAGCAGAAUUAAGGUGUGACAAAUUAUUGGCAACAGGAGUGAAUGAGUGCCAUCCAGAGGCCUGGAUGCCUGAGGUAGCAGGCCUUCUCUGUUAGGUUCACCCAUAUACCUUCACCCAACUCACCUCUGAUAGGUAGACAGAGUAAGUAAGAGCUAACAGUAGAGGAAGGUAGGUACUAUUCAACCACACUGCAGGGCAAGCCCAUUAAGGAAGAGCUGCCGGGACUUGAGCCAAGUGUGGGCUGUGGCAGGAGUUGAGGAGAAAAUAAUCAUUAUAGAGCAGGCUGGGGUGGGGGUUAGGGGAGAAGUCAUGGGGGGGGGAUGAAGAGAAGUUAGAGCAGAGAGAGAGGAGAGGAAAGGAGAGAACCUGGUCUCUCUCUAGCCCAACUUGGGUGGGUGGGGAGAACUUCCCCAUUUUUCAAAUCUAGAGCUGAUUGGAAAUUGAAAUAGUAGGGUUCUAGAGAAGGUUGGGGUGAAAGGAGAGGUGAGUGAUCUGGGGAAUAGGCGAGCAUCUCCAUCCAAUCUGCCUUGAGGGUUGGGGCAAUGGAGUCCCUAGAAACUGGUUGUUAGAGAAAUCUGAACCACUAUCCCCAAUCCAGGAAACUGGCUUGCUUCACACUGAAUAUCCUGGGACCUACAGAACCAGAGCUGUGGUGGACCCAAGGAUACCUCAUUGCCUACCCCUAUCCCAGCUGGUCACUGGACAUCAGCCUUUCCAGAGAUCUCCCCAACCUUGUCUCACAUGAAAGAUAAAUGCACAGAUGCUUCUCCUUAACCUAUCGGGUCCCAGUCCCCUCUCUUUCUCCCCUUCCCCAAGCUUGGCAAUGCCCCUGCCCCAGUGUGGACUCUUGUCUUUGUCUGAUUUCUUGUCAAAUUGUUAUUUUGUAAAGAGCUGCGUCUCCUUAUUAAAGAAAUGAGCUG